AUGGCAAGCAAUGACAAGGCCAGUAUGUCGCAUUUAUGCUGCCACAUUGACGUUGUCUAUGAGCUCGCGGUGGAGUGUGAGACUAAUGAGAAGCCGAACCACAAGCGGAUGGACGAUUCAGUACUUAUGAAACAAAGUACGUCGGUGGAUUUUCUUGUUGAAAGACACGGCAUCCACAUCACCACCGGUCAGGCCUCCACACCCCACCAUCCGCUUACGCCACUCUUUGCCACACUUCGCCUCACAGGGCAGCCGGAAGAGCUUUCUGAGAGCUUCUAA